AUGCCUUGUCAGCAUUACAUAAACUCUUUCCAUACUCCAGGUGUCCAGUACAUUGCUUUCUAUCCUGGCACUCUAAAUGGUCCUCUGUCCAUCGCUCUGCCCAGCCCCAUCUCCUACGUCCCAGUUUUCAGCUCCCAGCUGUCUGACCACAUGAGCCUCUGGAGUCGUGCAAAAAAUCUCUUCUAUUUUCUCUUCGCUCCUGUUGGUCAGGAACUUGUAUGGAGAAUCUUUAAGGUAGUGGCUGAGUGCCACCUGGAGUCAGGUCCACCCCCUGGUGGUCUGACUGAAUUACAGCAAGGAGCUGAACUCUGGGCCUUCAACACGGACUUCUCACUGGAGUUCCUUCAACCUCUAAUGCCCUACACCGUGCUAGUGGGAGGUCUGCUAAAUAAACCUGCAAACACUUUGAAACAGGAACUUGAUUUGUGGAUCUCUAGUUUCGGAGAGGCAGGAUUCAUUGUUGUGACUCUUGGAUCAAUGGUCUCGUCUGUGUCCGUGGGUCCUCUGCUUGUGCCACAGGCAGUCCUCUGGAGGUAUGAUUCUCAGCAAUGGCCCACUCACGUGGAUAGACCUCCCAAUCUAAGGUUAUUGAACUGGCUUCCUGUUAAUGACCUUUUCCGUCACAAGAAAGUGUUUCUCUUCAUCACCAAUGGGGGACAAAACAGUCUGAUCCAGGCAGUGUUUCAUGGUGUCCCUGUGCUGGGAAUUCCUCUGUUUGGAGACCAGUUUGAUAAUGUUAGAGCUGAAGUCAAGCGUGUUUACUGCGGCGCCGCUUCCGCUUAG